AUGUUCACCGGCCGCGGUGUCGUCCCCCUCCCCACAGAGGCUCCCUCCUCGUCUCCAGCCUUUGGAACGCCAGUUCACCCCUUACGACCCUUCAGCGUGACAGCCAACACCAAGCAGGCGCCCAUCCUGCCUAUCCUCCUUCCGCCCGCGACCCUCCGACCCCUCGCGUUCCGCACCUUCACAAAGAAACACUCCCUCACCCUGACCUCGUCCGCGCUGCAGGAGCUGGCCACCUUCAUUGGGCGGCACUGCGGCUCCGGAUGGCGCGAGGAAGGUUUAGCAGAGAAGGUGCUGGAGGAGGUGGCACGGGCGUGGAAGGCCAGGAACGGCGGCGUCAUUGUCGACGGGGCAAGUCCAGAGCUGAAGGAAAUCCUGCGGGCACUGGAAGGAAAUAUGAGCGGUGGGAGGAUCGCCACCGGUGCCAAGGGGCUCAGCCGGCAGAAUAGUCUCCUGCUGGACGUCCAGCAUCAGGAGGACGAUCUGACCAACGCGAGGCUUGGCUUGCGGCCUACCUCGGCGCUGGUGAGAGAGGAGAGCGGUACGAGCUUUGGCAUGUCGGCGCUCGAGGUCGACGAGAAGGACGACGACGAGGAUAUUCGGGAUCCCAGGAAAUGGCUGAAGGUGAUCAGUGCCCUGGAGCAACCACGGUUCAUCUACAAUGUCGACAAGAAGCAUUUCGAGAAAGAGAUACGCAAACCCUCCCUCAUGCCGCCUGCCUCCCACAGAACUGUCGUCUUCCGCAACCGCUUCAACGUCAUACACCAGCGCCUCCUCCGCAACGAAUCAUUUCAAACCUCUGCAGUUCUAACCGCCCGCUCGACAUCCCUUAAACGCUCCUCUGCUGCCUCCUCCUCCUCACCACAUCAGUUCCACAAGAUCACCCCGAUAGCCAACCUCCUCGGCCGCCACGGCAGCCAUCACAUGCUCCUCGGCAUGCUGACCGUCCUACCGACGGGCAAUCUGGCCAUCAGCGACCUCACGGGCUCGAUCAAGCUCGACCUAACCCAGGCGCAGGCCAUACCCGAGGACUCAGCCUGGUUCACGCCUGGCAUGAUCGUCCUUGUCGACGGCGUAUAUGAAGAGGAGGAUGACGACGACGCGGCGGGCGGCAGCAGGGUUGGCCUGAGCGGGAGCUCUGGCGUCGGGGGCGUCCUCGGCGGGAAGUUUCAGGGGUUUUUUAUAGGACAGCCGCCGUGUGAGAAGCGACGCGUCACGCUCGGGGUCAGUGGGCCGGACAGUGAUACCAUUGGAGGAGGGUUUGGCUGGAUCGACUUCCUGGGCGUGGGAAGUGAACGGGCCAUGGGCUCGCGCAUGCGAAGGGUUCAGCAGAGGCUACUACGCAGGCCCUUGACCGAUGACGAUCCCGACCGUGGCCGCGGCAGGAUCGUCGUGCUGGGCGAGAUGAACCUAGACCAGCCCCGGACGCUCCAGGCUGUCAAGAAGAUCCUGUCGGGCUAUGCCAAUGAGCCCGAGGGGGCAACACCGCUGUGUUUCGUGUUCACGGGUAAUUUCACACAGCACGCCGUCAUGGCGAGGGGCGGCAGUGGCGGCAGCGUGGAGUAUAAGGAAUAUUUCGACUCUCUGGCGGCUGUGCUGGCUGAGUUUCCCAUGCUCUUGACGUCGGCUACAUUUGUAUUUGUUCCCGGCGAUAAUGAUGGGUGGGCUUCUGCAUUCUCGGCGGGGGCUGCUACGCCUUUGCCGAGAAAGUCAGUCCCAGACCUGUUUACGAGCCGGGUAAGGAGGGCGUUUGCUACUGCGAACAAUGAGAUGGGCAAGAAGGAAGACGGUGGUAGCGGUAGUGGUGGGGAGGCCGUGUUCACGUCGAAUCCGGCCAGGCUCAGCCUGUUUGGUCCUUGCCAUGAGAUUGUGCUGUUCAGGGAUGACAUGACUGCUCGGCUGAGGAGAUCAGCUGUUCAGGAGGACGACGACGAGGAGGCCAUGGACAUCGACCCUUCCACCCCACGCAAACCCAGAUCCAAGCCAAAUGCCAACCCCGAAGUCCCUUACGACGUCCUCGCGGCGCGCAAGCUCGUCAAGACGGUCCUGGACCAGGGCUACCUCGCCCCCUUCCGACAGUCGGCCCGCCCCGUGCACUGGGACUACGCGAGCCCGCUGCACCUGUACCCACUGCCCACGGCCAUGGUGCUGGUCGACACGACAGCACCAGCGUUCUGCGUCACGUAUGAGGGGUGUCAUGUGGUGAACCCAGGGGCGCUGCUGGUUACGGGGCGGAGGGGGUUGGCGAGGUGGGUGGAGUAUGAGAUUGGCAGGACAGGGAGGGUUAGGGAGGUUUUGUUCUAA